UUACUUGCAAUUCUAUCACGGUCAAAUUUCAACUCGCCACUGUCAAAAGUCAAAAGUCAAUGUCGACACCGUCUUAAUUCCGACAAACGAACAAAGGAUUCGGGUCUAAGUGCAAGUGUCUCACAAAUUGCACAAUACUCGGUGUCAGGAGGAAAUUCAUAAAGGCAACGCUCUGAAAAAAAAAACAGCGCAAAUGUCGUUGAAUCGCAUUUCAACGACGGUUUAUAGUGGGGACGAUGCAGAGCAUUCGUUAUGUCGAGAAGAAGAAGGGGAAUCGGAAUUGGAAUCGUAUUGGGAUUGGGCUAAUCGAGUGGACGACGUGCUUGGGACACAUGAAUUGGAAGCACGAGCAAGAUAUCUAGCAGUAUUCGAAGAGACGAAAACAGCCAAAGAAGAUAUUAACAAUAACACUGGAACAACCUCAACCUCAACCUCAACCUCCCGACCACCCCUCUCCCAACCCAUCUUCCCCCAAGAAAUCUUCGACAUCAUCAUCACCUACCUAUCCGACUACCCCCGAAUCCUCACGAAACUUAUCCUCGUAUCAACGAAAUGGGUGCCCCUGUGCAGAAAGUACCUCUACAGCUCCCUCGUGUUCGGGGUUGAAGACGAGUUUGAGAGAAAGUGUCCGUAUCCGCAUUAUGUGCAGCGGAUGAGUCUGAUUUCUCCGUAUGGACAUCCGAAUUUGGAUUGGAUAAGGCCAGUUGUGAGGAAUAUGGAGAGGUUUACGGCUCUGGAUCAUGUUGAACUUGUGGAUUUGCCCUGGGAUGUUCUUUGGUUGGCUACCGAAGCCAAAGCCAUAAGCGGGGGUGGGCCCGGGACGAACCUCCUUACUGCGUCCUCUGUGGUGAUGGGGAGGGUGAGCAAGGUGUUCUUGGGAGGAGUCGAAAUAGAGGCACUUGAGGAUGUUGCGAUUUGUAUAAGUCGUGGGUUCCCUGGGUGUAAAGAGCUGGUGGUUUUGAUGGAGGUGUUUGAGGAUGAAGGUGAAGAUGAGGAUGGGGAAUAUGAAUACCUAGAUCCGGAUUCGGAUUUGUUGGUACCACGGGUUUUUCCGUUCCCUAUCCCCCCUGGGUUGUGUGAAUUUACGAUCCAAGACCAUCCGCUGUACCCUACACCGACGCGGUUUUGGUGGAAGUGGUUUAGGGGGUUGAGGUUCAGUGGGUUGAGGAGCGUUACGGUGGGGGAUUUGGUGAAGGAGGAUGUCGCGUUUUUUAAGGUUUUUGUGGAUGGUGCUGCUGGUUGGGGGCUUGCGCACUUGGGGGUUGGGAUUGGGUGUGUUGGAGAUUUAGGUGAGUUGAUCUUGUUGUGGUUCUUUUUGUCUUCUUGGGUGUGCGCUGACUCGACUUUUGGAUCUUAGAUACGUUUACGAAUCACCGAAUACUUGCUUCGUGUCCCAAUCUUCAAUCUUUCAGGCUCACCCAGCCAGUGCGAAGAUUUAAUGAGGAAUGGGGAUGUGGAGAGAGUGUUGGUGCUCUUUAUAGGUUGUUCUCGUCUUUCACUGCAAACCAUCUUCGGGUUGUUUCGUUGCCUGCUGUUAGGCAGUGGGCUGGGGAGGUUGAGCGUGGUGUUCGGGUUGAGGGAGCGCUUACGGUAGAACGGUUUCCUGCGCUAGAGAUGGUGGAGUUUUGUAGUGAUGUGGAUACUGGGGUUGAACUGAGUGGUACGAAUUAGAGGUAUGAUAUGAUACAUGAUUUACAUUUGUGUAUGGUGCAGAUGGAUGGUCGUUUGAUAUAGUCCACCAAUGGAGGAUUACUACUUUGUUGGCUCAUUUCAGAAUCAAGUGUCGAAGUAGGUAACAUCCCAAAGCAGCAAUGGGACGUACUCCACGACUAUGGCUAGCUCUUGUAUCAACAGGUCCGUUCGAGCUUGAAACCACACAUUCCGAACAAGCUCUCAAAGGGAAGGGCGAUGCUACCCGGCGGUCAAC